AUGGAUCAGCUUGACGAGCAGUCCUUCCUCGACGAGCUUAUGUCGCUGCGCCGGGAGGAGGCGCCGGUGCCGGCUCCGGCUCCGUGGCAGGCGUACCCGGCCAGCGGCAUGAUGACGACGACCGACCUCCUAUUCUACGGCGGCGAGGGCGCCGCCGAGGCGAGCAGCGGCAUGGACUUGGCCGGGCCCUUUCAGCAGCCCAUGGCGCCACCGCCGGCCGCGCCACCGCACCGGCCGCAUGAGGAGUUCAACUUCGACUGCCUCAGCGAAGUGUGCAACCCCUACAGGAGCUGCACCGGCGGCGGCGUCCCAGGGCCUGGCGUCGUCCACGCGGCCGGCCAGGCGUAUGCCCUCCACGACGCCAUGGCGGAGGAUCACCCGAGCUGCGGCAACCUGCAUCGCGGUGGUGGGUCGUCGUCGUCCCCGGUGCCGUUCGUGUUCGGAGAAGGAGGCGCCGGGGAGACCUCGGAGGAGAUGACCAGGGGCGUCUUCUCCGGCGGCAACCCUAGAAGCAAGCUCAACCGCGGCACCACGUCCAAGAACCUCAUGGCGGAAAGGCGGCGCCGGAAGCGUCUCAACGACCGCCUCUCCAUCUCCGCUCCAUCGUGCCCAAGAUCAGCAAGUCUGCAGAUGGAUAGGACCUCGAUCCUUGAGGACACCUUAGACUACGUGAAUGAACUAACCGAGCGGAUCAAAACCCUCGAGGAGGAGAUCGGCGCCACGCCGGAGGAGCUGAACCUGCUGAACACCACGAAGAAUUUCUCCAGCGGUAGCAGCGAGGAGAUGCCGAUGAGGAAUUCCACAAAGUUCGUCAUCGAGAAACAGGGCGAUGUCGAAACGAGGAUCGACAUCUGCUGCGCCACAAGCCCUGGUGUGCUCAUCUCGACGGUGAGCGCGCUGGAGGUGCUGGGAUUGGAGAUUGAGCAGUGCGUUGUCAGCUGUUUCGGUGACUUCGCCAUGCAGGCAUCCUGCUCACAAGAGGAAGGGAGGAGCCGAGUGACAAGCACCGACGAGAUCAAGCAUGCAUUGUUCACGAGUGCAGGCUAUGGAGGAAGGUGUCUCUAG